GGCCUUCAAAGUAAAGAGGAUGCUGAAAAUGCGAAACCGCUAAAAAUGAAGGUAACAUCUUUUAGUAGAGUCCUGCUUGAAAGAACCAGUUGCAAUGUUUUCUGGUUUGGCGUUGCCACUUGGCGAUGGUGCACCAACGACAGCACGUGCGGAAUCUGUCGAAACACGUUCGAGACUUGUUGUGCCGAUUGUAAGCUGCCAGGAGACGACUGUCCUCUUGUUUGGGGCCAGUGCUCCCACUGUUUUCACAUGCACUGCAUCAUCAAUUGGCUAAACACCCGCCAAUCAGGCCAACCCUGCCCACUUUGUCGACAAGAGUGGAAGUUCAGAGAAUAG